AUGGGCAUUUCGAAAGAGCGCGCUAGGAGCAGCGACAACGCUGAUCGUACAGAUGGCGAGAUACUCGAAUUGAGCGGCGGUUACACCGUGGGAGAAGAGAAGGCGGAUCUUCGAAAGAAAGACAUGGUCAUCUUUCCUUUUAUGUGUUUCGUCUUUUUCCUACAAUAUCUCGACAAGCAGAGCCUUGGCUAUGCUGGCGUAUUCGGCCUCAUUAAAGACCUCCAUAUGACGAGCUCACAAUACUCCUGGUCUAGCUCGAUCUUCUGCGUUGGCCAACUUGCCUCCGAGUACCCUUUUAUUUACCUAAUGAGUCGACUUCCAUUGACCCAAUUUGUCGGUGCUACUGUAAUUGUCUGGGGCAUCAUGUGUAUGUGCCUCGCAGCUCCAACCAACUUCGCUGGAUUCGCUGCGGUCCGAUUCCUCCUCGGCUUCAGCGAAGGCGCCGUCUCACCCGCUUUCGUCACAAUCACCAGUAUCUGGUACCGGAAGAAAGAGCACAACGUCCGCACAGCAUUAUGGAUCACCAUGAAUGAUCUAGCCCAAGUAAUUGAAUGCUUCCUCAUGUACGGCAUUGGUAAAAAUACCUUGCUUUCUAUCGCGCCCUGGCGUGUUAUAUUCAUUAUCUGCGGUGCCAUAACCUUCCUUGCAGGUGUUGGGUUUUUCAUACUCAUGCCCAACGGACCCAAAGAUGCAUGGUUCCUAAACGACCAUGAGAGAGAGGUUCUGUCUCUGCGUAUGGCAGAAGGUCGUGAAGGUGGUGACAAAACAUCAUUCUCUAUGGCGCAACUCAGAGACACUCAUGGACCCGAAGGCGUGGGUUGUAUUUUGGUUUGGUGUUUUGGCUUCUUGCAUUACCGCGUCGAUGACAAUUCUUCUCUCAUUGGCCGCGUCAGACUUCAAGGGUAA